AUGACCAGAAAAUUACAGAAUCCCAUCCUGGAUGAUGCCAGGAGCAGAAAAAGGACUCUGAAACCAGUCGUUGAAAAGAAGAGGAGAGAUCGAAUAAAUCAAAGUCUUGCUGAACUGAGAAGUUUGCUGUUGAAUCACACAUCGGAUCCACGACUGCAGAAUCCCAAAAUAGAGAAAGCAGAGAUUCUGGACUUGGCUGUGGAAUACCUUCAGACGUGGACAGACAGAAAGAAACCGAGCAACGGUUCGUCAAACAACACAUUUCAUCAGCCUCUUAAAAUAUAUGAGAAUAAUUACUCGACUCCUGCUCCUCCUCCUCAGCUCUUCUCCAUUCAGAGUGCAGGUUUUCAGCAGUGUAUGGCCCAGCUGACCAGCUACAUGCACAAAAUAACACCAGCACAGAGAACGAGCCUGAUUCAGGGACUGAAACAUCACACAGAGACCCAGCAGCCAAAACCGGACUUCAACCAGAAAAUGAGUGAAACUGAGACUGCAGAUGCAGCAACCGUCUACGCAGCUCACGCGUCUGAGAGAAAAGACGAGUCUUCCAGGUCGCUGUUUCCAUCCCAUUCCCCGUUUCAGCCUCGAUCUUGCUCCACACCACGCCAUGACUAUCUCUCCCCUCCCACCUCUCCCUGGUCCUCUCCUUCUUUCUCCACAUAUGCCACCUCUCCUCCUUUCCCGUCACUAGCCUGUCACUUCUCCUUCCCCCCGAGCCUGUCACCUCCGUCUUCCAACGCCUCCUUCUAUAGUUUCUCGCCUACAGUUCCUCACACUGGCCCUCCUGGCCUCCAUCUCCCCCCUGUUACAGCUCUGAGAUCUUCUGCACACCCUGCACAGAGGGAGGGGUCACUAUCAAACUCUCCUCCAUCCAUGUGGAGACCUUGGUUUUGA